UUCGGUCUCGUUAACGAAAGGAUAGAGUUUGUUUUGGCGAACAUGAAGCGGAGUCUCUCUGAGCUGCUUCCACAUUCAGGAAGUGGUUUGUGGAAAAACGCUGUUGUCGUCCUGACAGCAGGAUAUUCCCCUCCCAUGUAUUCGACGAAAUCUGCAAAGAUAAUUUUAGUUAGUUAAUUAAGAGGUAUUCUUUCCCCGUUGGAUAAGGAGACCAUGGAGGUCGACUCAGUGUUCUUCACCGACCGCAGUGGACGGAUCUCCAGUAACAUCCUUCUGGACCAGCUGCCCAGCUACCAGUCCCUCCUGUACCGCAGGAAGUCUUCAGCCAGCGGCAGCAAAAGGCGGCACAGCUCCAGGGCGCGCCGCGAAUCCUCCGAUAGCGGGAAAUGGGCGGUGGGUACCGCCAGCCGGAAGGAGGGCAGACAGAAGGGCCAGAUGGAGCAGCGCCCCAUCAGAGAACUGGCCAAAACCAUGGCCGAGAAACGAAGAGACAAAACACAGCGUCUGGAGGAAGAGGCCAGAGUGUUGAGCAAAUGGAGGCAGUGGAGGCAAACCACGGGCAAAGAUCUGAAGAGGUUAAGGGACGACGUGCACGAGUGGCUGAGCUCCCUGGAGCUUUGGAGGGGAGACAUCCACCAGAUAGAGGGGAUGUUUGGAACAGGGAUCCUGUCCUACUUCUCCUUCCUCCGAUUCCUGGUCAUGCUCAAUCUGGUCACUUUCCUGCUCAUGUUCGGUUUCGUCAUGCUGCCCAUCAUCAUUGCCUCCCACGCCGGAGGAAACGCCACCUACAACCAGCACGACGGAAGCCCGUGCAGCGUGUAUCCCGGCAGUGCUCGCCGAGGCCUCGUCAUCUUUCACGAGCACAUCACAGAUCUGCUCUCUGGUGGUGGCUUUCUGGAACAAACAUAUCUCUUUUAUGGCUUCUACAAGGUGGACAAAAUCCACUUUGCAAACGUCACAUAUAAUCUGGCUCUGGCGUACCUGCUGGCAACUGUUGGGUACCUCUUCCUGAGUCUUAUAUGGAUCGUUAAAAGGUCAGCCACAGGAUUCAAGCGUAACCUGGUUCAGGAUGAGGAUCGGUUCCAGAGUUUUUGCAACAAGAUCUUUGCCGGCUGGGAUUUCUGCAUCACCAACGUGAACGCAGCGAAGCUGAAGAGGAGCAGCCUGCUCUACGAGCUCAAGACUGAUUUGGAGGAAGAGAGGAUCAAACAGAAAAUAGCAGAUCGCACUCGGAAAGAGAAGUGUCGGAUUUACCUCAUCCGCCUCAUCCUGAACCUUUUCGUCAUCGGUGUUCUGGCUGCUUGUUUCUACAGCAUCUAUCUGGCCACCGUCUUCUCCCAGGGAGCACAAAUGGAGGAGCUGAAGGUGAAUUUCGCUGUGGAUCUGAUCUAUGAAUAUCUGCCCUCCAUCGUUAUCACCUUGGCCAACUUCAUCACACCCCUCCUCUUCUCAGUUAUCAUCAACUUUGAGGAUUACUCACCAGCCUUUGAGAUCCGCUUUACCCUCAUGAGGUGUGUCUUCAUGCGGCUGACGAGUAUCGGGGUUUUGCUCUUCUCUCUCUGGUCUCAGAUCACUGACUGUAAGAAGGAGCCCUGUAUCUGUGGCUACAAUCACGUGCUUUACUCUUGCUGGGAGACGCGUGUGGGCCAGGAGAUGUACAAACUCACCAUCUUCGACUUCCUCAUCAUCAUAUCGGUCACCAUAUUUGUGGAAUUUCCUCGAAAACUGAUUGUGAAGCACUGUGACUGUGGGCUGGCUAAGUGGUGGGGCCAGCAGGAGUUUGGUAUUCCCCAAAACGUGCUGGAGAUCGUCUACGGUCAGACCAUCUGCUGGAUCGGCACCUUCUACUGUCCGAUGCUUCCUGCCAUCUGCACCAUCAAAUACUUCUUCAUCUUCUACGUCAAAAAGUUAUCUUUGAUCAACAACUGCCGUCCAGCCACGCGCCCGUUCCGAGCGUCCAGCUCUAACUUCUUCUUCCUCGUCGUGCUUCUGAUCGGGCUCGCUCUCGCCUGUCUGCCGGUGGCUGUUAGUGUAGCCAUAAUAAACUGUUCCCAGGCCUGUGGACCGUUUGUGAACUACACCACCUCCUGGGAGGUGCUGCCCACUACAGUGUCCCAGCUGCCACCCGGAGCCAAAAACCUCCUCUUGGCUCUGUCCUCGGAGGCCUUCGCUGUCUCUUUCUUUGUCGUGACGUGUUUGGCCAUGUUUUAUGUGAUCGCCCUGGCUGGAGCUCACAAGAAGGUGAUAAACCAGCUGAGGGAUCAACUGGCCAUGGAGGGGCGUGACAAACGCUUCCUGAUGCAGAAGCUGUGCCAGGCCCAAAAGCUCUCAGCAGUCACAUCCCCGGGGGCCAGGUCUCAGCCCCGCAGCGGCAGCAGGAGCAGCCCCAGCUACCACACAAGCUUCGCCAGCAAUUUCAUGGUGGCCUGUGGCGGCUUCGUGAAGUCCGACGUUGAAAUCAAUUACUCUCUGAUCGAGAUUAAGUUGUACACCAAACAAGGUUCAUUGAAAUAUCAAACUGACUGUGCUCCCAUCAAUGGCUACUUCAUGAUUCCUCUGUAUGACAAGGGAGACUUUGUUUUGAAGAUUGAGCCUCCUCUUGGAUGGAGCUUUGAACCUACCAGCGUUGACCUGCAUGUGGAUGGGGUCAGUGACAUCUGCACCAAAGAAGAAGACAUCAACUUUGUCUUCACGGGAUUCUCCGUCUCAGGAACGGUUCUGAGUAAGGGCCACCUACUCGGCCCCGCAGGUGUAGAAGUGAAGCUGAGCCGAGCAGGAACAGAUGAGAAACUCCAGAGUGUGGUCACUCAGCCUGGAGGGAACUCCACCUCAGUUCAGGUCUCCAAUGCCAACGCCCCGGCCGCUGACCAUCUGCUGGUGGGAGGCUACGAUGUCUCUGGGGACGUCCGCAGUGAUGGAGAGCCCAUGAAGGAGGUCACCUUCCUGCUGUACUCAGCCACAGUCAAGAGAGAGGACAUCAGCGGCUGCAGCACCUCACCGGUGGAGGGGGCAGACUCCGGGGACAGCUCCCUCAUCUACCUGUGCAGCGCUCUGUCCAGAGACGACGGCACCUUCACCUUCCCCUCGCUGGCCAGCGGCGAAUACACCGUGGUGCCCUUCUACAGGGGAGAAAGGAUCACUUUCGACGUUGCGCCUUCAAGGAUGAAUUUCAAGGUGGAGCACAACAGCUUGAAACUGGAGCCCGUCUUCCGCGUGAUGGGGUUCUCUGUGACGGGACGCGUUCUGAACGGCGCCGGCGGGGAGGGCGUGCCCGACGCCGCAGUCUCCCUCAACAACCAGAUCAAGGUGGUCAGUAAGGAGGAUGGCUCCUUCCGGUUGGAGAACAUGACCGCCGGAACCUACACCAUCCGAGUUAGCAAGGAGCUCAUGUUCUUCGAGCCGAUCACGGUGAAGAUCGCCCCAAAUACUCCCCAGCUUCCGGACAUCAUCACCACGGGCUUCAGCGUCUGCGGUCAGAUCUCCGUCAGCCGUCUGCCCGAAGGAAUGAAGCAGCAGGGCCGCUACAAAGUCACCCUGACGCAGCAGGGCCAGGACAAGGCGUCCACUCGCACCGUGGACUCGGACCCGCAGGGCGCCUUCUGCUUUCAGGCCAAACCCGGAGACUACAGCGUCCACGUCUCUCUCCCUGAAGCCGAGGUGAAGGCCGGCCUGGCUCUGCAGCCUCAGGCCCUCCAGGUCUCCCUGGUGGACCAGCCUCUCACAGACCUGCUGUUCACCCAGUUCAUGGCCUCCGUCUCCGGAAAAGUCUACUGUCUCGCCUCCUGCGACGAUCUCUCCGUGACCCUGCAGCCGGUCAGUCGGCAGGGCGAGAGGCGCACGGUGGCCCUGACCGGCACCAGCGACACGCUCGGCUUCUCUUUUGACAACGUUUUGCCGGGAAAAUACAAAGUGGCUAUUUCUCAUGAGGAGUGGUGUUGGAAGCACAAGUCGGUGGAAGUGGACGUUCUGGACUCCGAUGUCUUGGGGGUUGAGUUCAGACAGAUCGGCUACAUCCUGCGCUGCUCCCUCUCCCAUGCCAUCACUCUGGAAUUCUUCCAAGAUGGCAGCAAACCCGAGAACGUGGGCGUAUACAACCUCUCUAAGGGAGUCAAUCGCUUCUGCCUCUCCAAACCUGGUGUUUACAAAGUCACCCCUCGCUCCUGCCAUCAGUUCGAGCAAGAUUUCUACACCUACGAUACUUCGGCCCCCAGCAUCCUGACGCUCACGGCGGUGCGCCAUCACAUGACGGGACUCAUCACCACGGACAAGCUCCUGGACGUCACCGUCACCAUCAAGUCGUCCAUCGAGAGCGAGCCGGCGCUGGUGCUGGGGCCCCUGCGCAGCCUGCAGGAGCAGCGCCAGGAGCAGCAGCUGCAGGAGAUCCAGCUGCGGCGCCAGGAGCGCGAGCGGAGAGCCGCAGAGGAGGAGGGCGGGGCCCGCGACGACAGCCCCCCCGUCCAGGAGAAGGCCGACGAGCUGACCGGCCCCUUCCACUACGAGUUCUCCUACUGGGCCAGGGCUGGAGAGAAGAUUACGGUGACUCCCUCCUCUAAGGAACUGUUGUUCUACCCCCCUGAAGUAGAGGCAACAAUCACAGGAGGUCGGCUGGUGGACAUUAUCGGGCGUGCAGGACUCUUCCUGGAGGGUAAAGUGUCGCCAGAAUUACAGGGCGUGGAAAUAUCCAUCAGCGAGAGAGGAGCUGCCACGCCGCUCAUUACCGUGGCAACCAAUGAGCUGGGAGCCUACAGCGUGGGCCCGCUCCACAGCGACCGGCAGUACGACAUCGCUGCCUAUAAGGAGGGGUUCGUCCUGAGUCCGGUGGAGGGAACCCGGGGGGAUUUCAAAGCCUUCGCUCUGGCCGGCGUCACCUUUAAGAUUAAAUCGGAGGAGGGCCUGCCCCUCUCGGGCGUCCUGCUGUCUCUGAGUGGGGGACACUUCCGCUCCAACCUUUUGACUCAGGACACCGGCAUCCUCACCUUCAAUAACCUGUCUCCCGGUCAGUACUACUUCAAGCCCAUGAUGAAGGAGUUCCGCUUUGAGCCGGCCUCUCAGAUGAUCACGGUGGAGGAGGGUCAGAACCUCAGCAUCGAUAUAACCGGCGUUAAGACGGCGUACAGCUGCUACGGGGCGGUGCUGUCGCUGAGCGGGGACGCGGAGCGGGACGUGGCGGUGGAGGCGGUGGGGCAGGGGGAAUGCAGCCUCUACAGCGAGGACACCGUCACCGACGAGGAGGGCCGAUUCAGACUCAGGGGUCUGCUGCCGGGCUGCAAAUAUUUGAUUCAACUGCGAGCCGAAGGCAACGACCACAUCGAGAGGGCCCUGCCCCAGCACAGAGCCGUGGAGGUGGGCAGCAGUGACAUCGAAGGGGUCAACAUCAUCGCCUUCAGGCAGAUCAACCAGUUCGACCUCAGCGGGAACAUCGUCACGUCCCCUGAACACCUCCCCACGUUAUCGGUGAAACUGUACAAGAGCGACAAUCUGGACAACCCCAUCAACAGCGUCUCUCUGGGACAGUCCCUUUUCUUCCACUUCCCCCCUCUGGACAGGGAUGGCGAGAGCUACGUGCUGAUGCUCUACUCCACGCUGUCGCGCUCCCAGUACGACUACACCCUGCCCCAGGUCUCCUUCACCUCCAGCGGCUUCCACAAGCACGAUGUCGCCCAAGGCUCCUACAUCGCCCUGCCCCUCACCUUACUCCUCCUCCUGGCAGCGUACAACCACGAGAAGGUGAUCCCGCUCCUGCUGCAGCUGGCCAACCGCCUCCAGGGCGUGCGGAGCAUGGCCCAGGCCAGCCCCGACGGCGCCGCCCUGGACGAGGCCAAGCGCCAGGCCAAGAGACAGAAAGCCCGGCGCACAUAGGGCGCCGUCCACUCCACAUCUCCGCGCGCUAAACCCCAGCGCUAGCACGCGCCAGCCGAGCCUCCGGGAGCCCUGGGUCCAGCAGAGUUUACGUCAGUUUAGCUCGUCGAGGUGUGGUUGGAAACCGGUUUCAGGAGACCACUUAACAGACCUCAUGGGCAGUUCUGUUUCACUGGACUGAUCGUUUCAUUUUACAUGUCUAUCCUGUUGUGUCGUGUGUUUUUUUUUGUUUUGUUUUUUCCCCGACAACCAUCACUGUCUUUUAAUACAUGGAAAUACUUUUUUAUACAUUUGUACUUCAUGUAGGUCAACUU